AUGGCGAGCUAUCAGCGCGUCGUGAAUGGCACCAAAUGCUGUUAUAACAUUGUCAAGACUUCUUAUGUUUGGCACGUAUCGGCCGUAGAUACCUCCAGCAGCGGCAAAACGGCCCACACGGAUGGCAACCGGGCCCCCCUCUCUGAUCAGCUCCGUAGUCAAAGGUUCAUGCCAACAAUCUAUCAGCGGCGACACUGUCUUACAUUCUACAUCUUGUUACUCAGUCCGGUGACAGAAGAGCAGGAAAUGGCCUACUCCUAUGUCAGGGCGGACAAGCAGAGUCGUCCCGGGAGAAGCUGCUUUCGAGAUAUCUACAUUCUGACGGCCUUAAUCUCUCACCCCGCAUCUUCGCUAGCCAUUUCUCUAGUCAUUCUUCCUGCAAUCGGGGUCCGGGAUGAUCCCGGGGGACGCUUUGACCUGUAA